UAAAAAUAGAAAAAUAGUGAGUGUAUGUACUCAUAUAUAUAACGCAUAGAUUUGGCGUAGCUUUUGCUGUCUCAGUACUGAGGUCACAGUGUUUUUCACUCCCUCCGCUUCACAGCUUUCCCUCCAGAUCUGAUCCCAACAACCAGAGUGUAGGGUUAUCUAAGAAGAAGUUGGAGAACAUGGGUCGUGGAGUUAGCAGUGGUGGGGGACAGAGUUCUUUGGGCUAUCUUUUCGGGAGUGGGGAGGCUCCAAAACCGGCCGCAAACAACACCCAAGCUGCACCAAUUCCAAACGAAGGGAGGGUUGUGACUAAUGAGCCUGCUUCCAAACCUACUGCUCCUCCUCCUGCUCCUGAGCCAGUAGAUAUCACCAAGCAGAUUCCUGCUGGCAUCCACAGUACUUCUUCAAACAACUACAUGCGUGCAGAUGGCCAGAACACUGGAAACUUCAUUACGGAUCGACCCUCGACUAAGGUCCACUCUGCCCCAGGUGGUGGUUCUUCUCUGGAUUACCUCUUUGGUGGACCAGGUGGCAACUGAGACAUGCCUUCGCAUUGUUGAAUUUUGUGGAACCUCUAUUUUGGAUGAGGCAAUGCCUUCCAUCCUUUAUGUAAACAAUUAUGACUUUUAUGGAUUCUGUGAUGUAAUAUAGGUGUUGUGGUUGUUGGGAUCAUUCAAUCAAGAGUGCUCUUUUUUAGAUGCAUAAACCAUCUGAUACAGAUUUCCUUGUCAUGGACAAAGCAGCAUUUCCCUAGUGCGUAUUUGGUGUUCUCU